UUGGCGCCGCAGCACAGAAGAAGACCCGCCCACGUGUUUCGUGUUUUGAGUGUGUGCCAUUAUUCGAUCCGUACCGGAAACACGAUUUGACAGUGUGUGUGUGUGUCGGUCAGAAGAAGCAGAAGCAGUGUGUUACAGUAAGGUCUGCUGUGGCCAUCGUCUCCCUCCUCGCUCCCGAUGCUGGUCCAUGUCCGCCGCUUCAUCCGUUCCUCCUCCGUCACUCUCUACUCAUCUAGAUCAUCUCAUCCCAUGGAGGCUGCUCCCAAUCGCCCAGUCGAAGCCUCCAUUAGCACCAAACUGACUCGGGCUCUCGAGCCGGAGCACCUGGAGGUUCUGAACGAGAGCCACAUGCACGCCGUGCCCCCAGGUUCCGAGUCUCACUUCAGGGUGUUGGUGGUGAGCUCUCGUUUCGAGGGCUUGUCCCUGCUGCAGCGCCACCGCCUGGUCAACGAGACCCUGAGUCACGAGCUGAGCACCAGCGUUCACGCUCUCGCCAUCCAGGCCAAGACUCCUGAGCAGUGGAGCAGCAACCCGAGUCUGGACAAGAGCCCGGCGUGCCUCGGAGGGUCCAAACAUGACAGAACCAUGGCAGAAAACUCAAAUCAGGACUUGACUGAUCAGAUACUAAUUACGUGAACUUUCAACACUUUGACUGCAAUCUAAUAAUUUGAAUAGUUUUUGGAGAGCAGAGGUUUUCUGUACAGUAGUGUUUGAGCACUGUGUGAUUUCGAACAUGUCACUAAAUAAAAAUGUAAAUGAUGUA